GCCGCGUAAGAGGUCGCCGCCGGAACCAGGAACAAGCGAGGCCGAGGCGCUCUAGCGGCCUGGUCGGCGUGUAGCCAAGGGAGCUUUCCCCCCUCAAGAAAAAGAGUACAGGCCAAGCAGGCAGGCGGGGAGCCCGGCCGGUGCCGCCAUGCUGGCCGGCUGCGGUCGUGUGGCGCGGUCUGCCGCGAGCGGCCUGAGGUGGGGCCGGGCCGGCGGCUGCAGCAGCAGCAACGGCAGCUCCGGUCCCCAGAGAUGGGUCAGCACCAGCUGGUCCCCGGUGGGCGCUGCCUUUAACGCUCAGCAGCAGCACCGGUGGGAGCUGGGGAAGAAAACGGGUCUGUUUGGUGUACCAGAGCUGAGUUGUCCAGAAGGAUUUCAAGAAGCUCAAGAAAAAUCACUGCAAGAAACAGAACAACUAGUACAAAAAGCAUGUACUACACCGCCUGGGAAGGAGACAGUCAUGAUCUUUGAUCAGCUCUCAGAUGCUUUGUGUAGAGUAGCAGAUCUGGCUGACUUUGUGAAAAUUGCCCAUCCAGAUUUUGCUUUCAGAGAGGCUGCUGAGGAAGCCUGCAGAAGCAUUGGCACUAUGGUAGAAAAAUUAAAUACAGAUGUAGAUUUGUGCCAAAGUCUAAGAAAGUUGUUGGCUGAUAAAGGUGUAAUGGCGUCCCUUGAUCCAGAAACAAGGCGAGUGGCGGAACUUUUCAUGUUUGAUUUUGAGAUCAGUGGUAUUCAUUUGGAUGAAGAAAAGCGAAGGAGAGCAGUAAAUCUCAAUGUCAAAAUAUUGGAUUUGUGUAAUGAAUUUCUCAUAGGAUCUCAUCUUCCAAACAAGGUUGACAAGCACAUUUUACCAGAACACAUUCGGCAUCAUUUUGCAGUUGAAGGCAAUUAUGCCCAAAUCAGUGGUCUCAAUGCUGAUAGUCCUGAUGAUCUGGUACGUGAAGUUGCCUACAAGAUUUUCCUGUACCCAAAUGCUCAGCAAUUACACUGUUUAGAGGAACUUCUUACCAGCAGAAACCUUCUGGCCCAGUUAGUAGGAUAUGAUACAUUUGCUCAUCGGGCUCUUCAGGGGACAAUGGCCAAAACUCCAGAGAAAGUAAUGCAAUUUCUUGUGAAGCUUUCAGAUAAGUUAUUCAGUCGAACUCUAAAGGAUUUUGAAAUGAUGAAGGGCAUGAAAAUGAAACUAAAUCCUAUAAAAUCAAAAUUGAUGCCUUGGGAUCAUCCAUACCACAGUGGUGUCCUACGUGCUGAGAGGUAUAAUAUUGAACCCAGCCUGUAUUGCCCCUUUUUCUCUCUUGGAGCAUGUAUGGAAGGCCUGAACAUCUUGUUCAAUAAACUCUUAGGGAUCUCUCUUUAUGCUGAACAGACCAUGAAGGGAGAGGUGUGGAGUGAGGAGGUUCGCAAACUGGCAGUUGUCCAUGAACAAGAGGGAUUAUUGGGAUACAUCUAUUGUGAUUUUUUUCAAAGACCAGACAAGCCUUAUCAGGAUUGCCACUUUACAAUACGUGGAGGCAGACUAAAAGAAAAUGGAGAAUACCAGCUUCCUGUUGUGGUCGUUAUGCUAAGUUUACCCCAUUCCACUAGUAGUUCACCAACAUUGCUUACUCCUGGGAUGAUGGAGAAUCUCUUCCAUGAAAUGGGACAUGCCAUGCAUUCUAUGCUGGGAAGGACUCGAUACCAACAUGUCACUGGGACAAGAUGUUCUACAGACUUUGCUGAAGUUCCCUCUAUCUUGAUGGAGUAUUUUGCAAAUGAUUAUCGAGUGGUGAACCAAUUUGCAAGGCACUAUAAAACGGGUCAGCCAUUGCCCAAACAUAUGGUGUCAAGACUCUGCGAAUCUAAGAAAGUUUGUGCUGCUGCCGACAUGCAGCUUCAGAUCUUUUAUGCUGUCUUGGACCAAAUAUACCAUGGGAAACAUCCUCUAGAGAAGUCAACCACAGAGAUUUUGAAGGAAACUCAAGAGAAAUUCUAUGGAUUGCCAUACGUUCCUAAUACCGCUUGGCAACUCAGAUUCAACCAUCUUGUGGGCUAUGGGGCCAAGUAUUAUUCCUACCUCAUGUCCAGGGCUGUCGCAUCCAUGGUUUGGAAACAAUGUUUCGUACAGGAUCCCUUUGACAGGGCAAUGGGUGAACGUUACCGUAGAGAAAUGCUAGCACAUGGUGGAGGAAAAGAACCCAUGCUCAUGGUUCAAGGUAUGCUUCAGAAACGUCCAUCAGUGGAAGACUUUGUGGAUGCCCUUGUUUCAGACUUGGAUCAGGAUUUUGAAACAUUCUUCAUGGAUUCUGAAUAGCAAGAGAAGAAAAUUAAACAUUCCGGUGAAUAAUUUUGAAAGGUCGUGUACCAUCAACAGUGUACACAGAACUCUUGUGGCUUGCACUGCUGCAUCCUCACGAGUGCGUGGGUAAAAUAAAUGGUUUACCUGAAGAGCAGAAUGUUUUUUCAUUACAGAAAGAUCGUCAUAGCCAAGGCUUUGAAACAGGUAUGCUUUGCAUUCCUGUUAACCUAUUUGAAAACGUAUUCUUAUAUGAACACGUGUGUUCAGUGAAUGUAGGAGGAGUGAGCAGGUGAGUUUCUGCUCGCCCUGUGCUGCAUGUUAGCCAUUAGUAUGCAUACAGCCGAUAGCAUUCGACAGCCUUAAGUAGGUACUAAUGGUAUGUGCUGUAAUGGGCAUGGCCACCCUUCUAUGAGUUCACUGAAUGCAUUGGGAGGGUACAAACCUCUUAUGUGAUUACACUGGAAGCCUCUUUUGUCUGUUUACCCAUGAUUUUAAACUUAACAGAAAGCAAGUAACAUUUGCAAAUGGGAAGUGAAGAAUUGCCAACCAAUCAGAAGAAAAGAGGAACAAAAAUGGCCUGGGAGAGGUUGAUAUGACAAAAACCAGGAAGUGAAUGUUUUCAUAGCAUAAGAUAAGCAUUAUUUAUUGCUGAUGUCUGUGUAUCAAACUGCUGUUUAAACCUUGGGAGCAGGAGCCAGUAGGCAAAACUACAAUAGACUCAAGAUACCUCAGUCUUUGUUCCCAAAGAACUUGGGAUUUUAAAAUGCAUAAUAAAUAAAUAAAAUGCACAAUAAUUUAGGAUACGCUUUUCAGUUGUUAUAGUGCUAUCCUUAAACCAUCUUUGCUUUGCUUUGCUUUGCUUUGGUGUUUUUAAUUUAAAAGUCAGACAUUUAUCAGACAUUUAAGGAGUGUGUUUUGACCAUUGUGCCAGUGGUACCUUGGGUUAAGAACUUAAUUUGUUCUGGAGGUCCGUUCUUAACCUGAAACUGUUCUUCACCUGAGGUACCACUUUAGCUAAUGGGGCUUCCCGCUGCCGCACGAUUUCUAUUCUCACCCUGAAGCAAAGUUCUUAACCCAAGGUACUAUUUCUGGGUUAGCGGAGUCUGUAACCUGAAGUGUCUGUAACCUGAAGCAUCUGUAACUCGAGGUACCACUGUACUAACUCCUGCAACUAAGAUGUAAUUUGACACAUUAAUGUUUUGCAUUUUGUUUGGCUCUAACCACACGAGUGUGGAAAAGUCAUCAGAUUGUAUCCUCCUGUAGGCAUUACAUUUUUAUGAACAGUAAAAUGCACUCUAAACUAAUUGCUCUGGAUUAAGAUGCCAAUAAAGAAUUGUUACAAUACAGAUAAAGAAAAGGAAUUAUCCCGCUUACUGGAAUAUUAACCUAGGACUUUUCCUUGCUCUUGGAGAACUUACUUUCUGUAAUUCUCUAUUGGAAGAAGGAAAGUUUAUUGAGGUUAACUGUUAUUAAAAGAGCCCAUAUACUAGGGCCUGGUUUGCACAUCAUAAUAAACCAUGGUUUUCUAAACUCCGUUUAUCAAACCAUUGCCUAGUGUUUUGUGUGAACCCUUACAAGUAGCUUGAUUAUGGUUUGUUUAUGUCCAAAAAAUCACAGCCUGCAGUUGCCUUGGCAUCACAUGUUUGCUUGACCACCUCACCCCUGGUGCUCUCUAAACUAAAAAGGCAAGCACAGCUGGAAAAGAAACCAAACUUUGGAGAAGCAAACCAUGGUUUCUUUGAUUAUAUGUGAGACUAUGUGUGGUUAAAGUCAUGGCUUAUUAAGAAGCCAUGGCUUAGAAAAAAAGUAGAAUCUAUUUAUUCAAUUUAUGAGCUGUUCCUCCACAUGAAUGAGGGGCACCUGUUAGAAAAAAAAAUUGAUGGUAGAGGUGGGGCUCUGUUUUACUUCCUACUAUAGUCAGAAGUACAAGGUUCCCAGAUGGUCCUCUCCCCGUGCAUCAACUCAGACCAAAUCCUGCUUAACUUUAGCAAGGUUUCUUCAGGACCAUAUGCUGUGAUCUUUCAAAUGUUACAAAAGAUUUGUCAGUUCAAAUUAUUUUUAUCUAUGAAAUAUACAUGGCACUGAAACUAAUUCCUUGCUGAUGUAUUGCUAAUGUAUUGUUUUGUUGUCUUACUCAAAAGGAAACAGUAUUCUGAAAAGAUUUCUCCGUCAUCUGCUAGCUUUAAAAAUGCUUCCAGCUGUUUGGAUGUCAUAACUACAUUAGCCAUUUAUUCUGUGCAGAUUUACAGAGAUCACUGAAACUGGCUUGGUUAACAUGCAACAAAAGUCAUGAUCUAAAACAGUGAAAGACUUACUGCAAAUGAGCAGUGUGCUGACGGAUGCUGUUCAUUUGCUCCUGCCCCCACCUCCAUGCAUUGCAAGGGUGGAAACAAAUCAGAAGAUUGGCUUAGUGUUAUGUGCAAACGGACACUCACGGCUUAUUUGGAGAGAAACAAGCAGUAGCUUGCAUGAAACUAAGCCAGAGCUCUGGGUUGUUUCCUCUCCCAUGCAGUCCAGGGAGGAAGGGGUUGUGUGUGAAUGAGCAGCCUGCAUAAGCAGGCUGUCCAUUUGCAACAAGCCACGGUCUUCAUAUUACAUAUGUUGGGAAAUAACUAGGGAAUACCAAUUAAUUCUGAGGUCCCACAUGUGUGGGAAGCCACAAAAGAAAAAAAUGGCUGACUGCUUGAAUUCAAGAAGAGUGGUGUUUGACUCACUCUCUAGUCAAAAGAACUCCCAGCACUAAAAUAUGCAGCAUUUGCAAAGUGCAGGACAUCUAGGUUGUUAGAACUUUAAAUGUCCCAGUAUUAAGUGCUCACAAUGUGCUCCCCACAUCUCUAUCCCUCUUGCAGUGAAUAGACUACAAACUUACUUAAGUUUAAAUGCUUUACUUACAGUAAUCAAAGGUCUCACUCACUCCAACUGUAGAGUUGGAAGGGACCACAAGGAUAUUAUUGUCAGAAAGUUCUUUCUGAUGUUUAGACAGAAUCUCCUUUCUUGUAACUUGAAGCCAUUGGUUUGAUACUACCCUCAAGAGCAGAAGCAUCGUUCAGUGCUACAGCAGAAACAACACAAGCAAAAACUUCUUGAGUACAAAAUACAAAAAGUAUCUUUAAACAUGGAGUCUGGGCAUGGGAACUCAAGCAUAAUAUGUCUGGUUAGUUACAUGUUUCAAGAAGAAGAGAGAGGGAGAGAACAAGAAAAUAAAACUUUAUGUCCUCCCUCUCUGGGGUUGACGGGUCAUGACCAAACUGAGCCUUCUCUAGCAAUUUACAGCUCUGUGGUCCUUAACAGCUACAUUUACUAACUAGCAUAGACAUGGGUUGUUAGGUUUGACUGCAAAAUUUCCCGCAACAUGCUAACCAGGUCUUCAUAAUAUUGUAAGUAGACCAUGUUUACUGAGUAGCUCCAUUCAGUUGAAACUCUGCACAUGCCCCAUAAUGGUGUGUGUGAUUUGGCUUUGCUGUAAGCAAUCCAAGUAUCAUUGUGGUGGAUAGGCAAUUAGUCAGCACUAGUGUAAGAUGGGGGAUUUCAUCUUUUCCCAGUUUACAUUUAUUCACACCUAUUAAUUUACAGUUGCAGUGCUAGCAUUGUUGCUGGUCCUCUGGGGCAAGCACACUAAUAUUGAUCAAUCAUCCAGACUAAGCAGAGUCAUCAAGUUCAAUGCAAUUCUGUGUGCAUGCAAUCGUUUCUAGUAAAUGUCCUAAGAGUAAUAUUGAGAAUUCUCAGAAACGAGCCUUUUAGCAACUACAUGUGUCCCCAUGAAAGUGUGAGCACAGCUACAGAUCUGGGAGCAAUCUCUUGUGACCCACAGUCUGUGCUUGCCCAGUCAACUCUUGGCAAAUAGCACCAUGUGGAAGAAGGAGUCAUAUUGUAGCACUCCUGUCUUAUUGUCUCAGUUGGGUUCUCAAAAGAGCAAUUAUAAUUGUCCUUUACUUUUAAUAUUGUCAUUUGGUGCAAAGGGCUCUUCAAAAGCAAUAGCAGGAAUCUUAAAAUAUAAGCAGUAAGAAGUAACAGCACUCUCAAUAACCCAACCAUAUAAAACAGCAGGUGAAACGGGGUAAAAAUGGCUAAGGAUGAAUUCUAACCAUGUCUACUUCUAAGUUCCAUUCAAUUCAAUGGAUCUUACUCUCACGUAAGUGGGGUUAGGGUUGCUGCUGGCCAACACCAAAUUUUGUGCAGAUCAUAUAUUGAUCUGAUGGAAGGUUAUGCUGCUGAAACUAAGCAGAUCUGGCCCAGUAAGUGUCACCUUGGAAUUGCAUGUAAGCUGCUUGAUGGGUUGGUGGGUGGGUGUUUUACAUCCCAAUGAUUUCAGUGGGAUAACCAUCCAGCAAAUGCUUAAAUCUCUCCUUUUGAAACUGCUGGAUCAUGCUCUUAAAAGUCUCCAAGGUCCUUUUAAAGGGCAUGUCUUUUUGCAGCAGCCUAUAUACCAUGCCUAAGUGUCAAAUCCAGAAGGAAAUUUGUUGCAACACUUUCCACUGGAGCCUUUGGGAAUACAGGUGAACUAACAACUUUUAUGCCACACUAAAACCCUCAAUAAAAUAAGUUAUAUCAGAUUAAUUGAUACUAGGCAGUGGUAAAAGGUGUUUAUUGCAGAGUGGAUGUUUACAUUAUGGUUUAUUAUAGCCUUUGAAAAAGCACUGGGCAAAGAACUAGAGUAGAGUGACUGCCCUAAAUGGCAUAGGCUAGAGCAGGGGUCAGCAAACUUUUUCAGC